AUGAACUUCUUCACUGUCCUGCUGUUUGCCAGCCUUGCCACAACCUCUCUUGCUGUCUUGCCUGUGUCCUUGGUUCCAGCUUCCCAGUCCACUCCCACCAGCCACAUCAGCAAGGAGAGUACUUCUAGUAAUAACUCUUCCAAGGAGCCGUCCAUCUUCAGAGAGGAGUCGGUUUUCAGAGAUAAUGUGUUGAUAGAAUGUGCCAAAUCAAAGAGUCAAAAGGCCCAGGCCAGGCUCAGAAGUGGGGCAUCUCAUCUGGAAGAGACCAUAGGACCCAUUACCUCAACUGGUGUGUGCUAG